AUGAAGCGAACCCAAACCGUGGAGGAACGAGAGCGGGAAGCUAAGAGAAAGCUACAAGCCAAGAAACAGAGGCUUCUUGAAGAGCUUGAAGACACGUGGCUUCCUUAUCUGACCCCCAGAGAUGAUGAAUUUUAUCAGCAGUGGCAGCUGAAAUAUCCUAAACUCAUUCUCCGAGAAGCUGACAGUGUACCUGCGGAGCUCCGUCUCGAGGUCCAAGAAGCCUUUCUCAUACUGCACAAGCAUGGCUGCUUGUUCCGGGACCUGGUUAGGAUCCAAGGCAAAGAUUUGCUCACUCCAGUGUCUCGCAUCCUCAUUGGUCAUCCCGGCUGCACCUACAAGUACCUGAACACCAGACUCUUCACCGUACCAUGGCCAGUGGAAGGUUCCACAAUAAAAUAUACUGAGGAUGAAAUAGGUUUUGCUUGUCAAACCUUCCUCAAGCUCAAUGCCCAUUUGCAGACUGAGACCAUCCAGGCUUUGGAAGAGCUCACUUCCAAAGAGAAAUCUAGUGAUGCCGCCAUGCCAGUAUACAUGGCCCCAGAGUUCCCCAGAGUUGGUAUGGGGCCGUCCUUUGAUAGACAAGAUGAAGUGGACAUCAAGAGCAGAGCAGCCUAUAACGUAACGUUGUUGAAUUUCAUGGAUCCCCAGAAAAUGUCUUACCUGAAAGAGGAACCCUAUUUUGGGAUGGGGAAAAUGGCGGUGAGCUGGCACCACGAUGACAAUCUGGUGGAACGGUCAGCGGUGGCGGUGUACAAUCAUAGCUGCGAAGGCCCUGAAGAAGAAAGUGACGAUGCUCCUGACCUUGAAGGCAGAGAUCCUGAUACUUGGCAUGUUGCUUUUAAGAUCUCAUGGGACAUAGAGACUCCAGGCUUGGCAAUACCCCUUCACCAAGGAGACUGCUACUUUAUGCUUGAUGAUCUCAAUGCCACCCACCAACACUGUGUUUUGGCUGGUUCACAACCUCGAUUCAGUUCCACCCACCGAGUGGCAGAGGUGGAGUUUGAGUGGCUGAGACAAUUUUGGUUUCAAGGAAAUCGAUAUACAAAAUGCACUGAUUGGUGGUGUGAACCCAUGGCUCAACUGGAAGGACUGUGGAAGAAGAUGGAAGGUGUGACAAAUGCUGUGCUUCGUGAAGUUCGGAAAGAGGGGGUCCCCGUGGAACAAAGAAAGGAAAUAUUGACCGCCAUCCUAGCCACACUCACCACACGACAAAACCUGAGGAAAGAGUGGUAUACCAGGUGCCAGUGCCGGAUUGCCCAAUCGUUAUCCACGGAUCAGAGACCAGAAUGUCAGCCGUACUGGGAAAAGGAUGACCCUUCAAUGCUUCUGCCAUUUGAUCUCACUGACAUCAUUUCAGAACUCAGAGGUCAGCUUCUGGAAUCGAAACCCUAG